CUCAUCACUUUCCUCCUCCUCCUUCAGCUUACAUCAUCCCUCUCAAGAAAAGAAGAACAGCCUUUACCUCAUCGUCUCUCCAAAAAAAAAUGAAACCAUCGCCUAAAAUCCUCGUCGUCUUUACAGCUACUGGCAAACAAGGAGGGUCUGUGAUCAACUAUGUUCUCAAUCAUCCAGAACUAUCCAGGCAAUACAAGAUUCGGGCUGUGACCCGCGUCCCAUCCAAACCAGCCGCGCAAGCCUUGCAGGAACGAGGAGUCGAGGUUGUCAAAGCGGAUCUAUUUGACAAAAAGUCGAUCGACGCUGCUCUCAGUGGUGCCCAUACUGUCUUUGCGAAUAUUGCCACCAGCUUUGAUGAGAGUGUCUAUCCUAAAGAAAUGCUUCAAGGCAAGAAUUUAGCGGAUGCGGCCGUCGCCGCAGGAGUCCAGUAUAUCAUCUAUAGUACUUUACCACAUACACGCGAAGUCAGCGAUGGCAAACAUGCUCAUGCGGAUGCUUUUAACGUCAAAGCCGACAUUGAGGGGUACAUUCGGUCUCUCCCCAUCAAGAGCGCCAUUUUCGCACCAAGCAUGUUUUAUCAAGACUUUUAUCAAAUGUUUUUUGUUCCUAAACGCCAAGAUGACGGGACCUUUACCAUAUUCAGUGUUGUCUCUCCCGACAGUGGGAUUUAUUGUUUUGAUGUUGUUGGUGACACAGGCAAGUUUGUGGGCGCUAUUCUCGCAGAACCGGACAAGUUUAAGGGUAAAACCUUGUGUGCAGGAGCAGACUUUUGUACGCAUGAGGAAAUAGCAGAGAUGAUCAGUAAAGCGACAGGCAAGACGGUUAGGUACAAGCAAGUGUCUGUGGAUGAGUUUGAUCAUAUCAUACCAAGCACUCAUAGCAGAAUUACCGCUGACGUUAUGCUUUUCCUGGAGGAACACGGCUACUUUGGUCCAGAGGCGAAGGAGCGUGUCGCUUGGUCUACCAAUCACAUCCAUGAUAAGCUAACCACAUUUGAAGAGUUCCUCCAGAAGAACCCUCUUCAUCUGGAAUGAGCAUUCAUGAGAAAAUCCAUUGAUGUGUGUUCAAAACAAACUUCUCAGGAUACAAAUAGUAUAAGCGAGUUCCAGUGCUGGUGAGAUUCAAGUUAAGCAUAAGCCUCAGAUGGUGGAUACAUAUUUCAGACGAGUAAAAUAUGCAGAGGUUCAGAUAGUUUGCAAAAUAAAAG